CUGAAUUAUUCUGACAUCUAUUUAAUUAUUCGUAUAUUGUAGCCUAUAAUUUCUAAGCACAUUUGUGAUUUUACACAGCAGCGUCUGAACGGGACUUUUAUAUUGGCGAUGUGACGUCAUAAGUCUGCGCCGAGCUCCUGCAUUUGUUAUGAUUCGGUUGGAGAAAGGACAAACACACAGAAAAACUCCUGGUGAAGCAGCUGAGAUCCACGUGACACUAUUAUAAAGAUGGAGUUUAUUAAAGAGGAGAGUGAAGACAUUAAGAUUGAAGAAACUUUCAGAGUGAAACAAGAAAAUACUGAGACACAAACAGAGAUGAUGGUACUGAAAGAAGAAAGUCAAGAAUUGAAUGAAGUAGAAGAGAAAGAUCAGUGUGAUGAAGAUCAUGAUUUCAUGACUGGAGAAAAAUCCACACAGACUGAAAAGACUACAUUAAUAAAAAGAGAAGCUAAGACACAUGUAUGCAAUCAGUGUGGAAAGAGUUUUAUUAAAAAACCACACCUUACUGUUCACAUGAGAACUCACACUGGAGAGAAGCCUUACACCUGCCAACAUUGUGGACAGAGUUUUACACAGAAAGAAAACUUUAAGUCCCACUUAAGAAUUCACACCGGAGAGAAGCCUUUCAUCUGCCCUCAGUGUGGACAGGGUUUUGCUCAAAAACAAAACCUUACUGUACACAUGAGAAUUCACAGCGGAGAGAAGCCUUAUACCUGCCAACAUUGUGGACAGAGUUUUGCACGUAAAGAAAACUUUAAUUCCCACAUCAGAAUUCACACCGGAGUGAAACCUUACACCUGCCAACAGUGUGGACACAGUUUUACUCAAAAACAACAGCUUACUGUACACCUGAGAACUCACACCGGGGAGAAGCCUUUCACCUGCCAACAGUGUGGACAGAGUUUUGCACAUAAAGGAAACUUUGAUUACCACAUGAGAAGUCACACUGGAGAGAGACCUUUCACCUGUAAAGUGUGUGAGAAGAGCUACUCACAAAAAGAAUAUCUUAAGUCUCACAUGAGAGUUCACACUGGAGAGAAACCAUUCAUAUGUGCUCAGUGUGGAAAGAGUUUCAGUCGUAAAGUAUACCUUAAUCAGCACAUGAAGACUCACUUGAGAGUAAACGGUUUUACAUGCCAUCAGUGUGGAAGGAAUUUCACAGACAGCGAUCGCCUUGAGAAGCAUUUAAUAACUCACACCAAAGAGAAGCCUUAUGUGUGCCAUCACUGUGGAAAGAGUUGCUUAACCAAAUCAGUCCUUGAGGUUCACGUGAGAGUUCACACUGGAGAGAAGCCUUUCACCUGCCUUCAGUGUGGAAAGAGUUUCAUACAUAAAGGAAACCUUAACAUUCACAUGAGGCUUCACACAGGAGAGAGGCCUUACACAUGUCCUCAGUGUGAGAUGAGUUUCAAAUAUCACAAAGACAUGAAAUGUCAUUUGCAAACUCAUUCCUGAAAGCAGCUGUAGUGAUCUGUAUAUAGUAAGAGGUUUCAGAAAUCACUUGCAUGGAUAAUGACAUUUCAUUUUGUAAAAAGUGUAAUAAAAAGUAAUCAAACUUA